AUGAAGUUCUCACACGCACUUACAGCUCUUGCGCUCGCAUCCGGAGUCGUGGCCGAUUGCCCUCCAGAACAACGUAUCGAUGCACUGAAGUACAUUGUCAGAGCAUUCAAUGCGGUCGGCCUCGAGUCGGUGCAAUUGAUCAAUGGCAUGCCACUUGCACCACAAUGCGACGCAUUCCUAUUUAUCAACGGCCUCCCCGGAAUCUCCCCAGCCUUUGACUCAACAACAGUCAAAGCCUUUUCUCAAACCGUUCGACAAGCCUUCGGAUACGUGGAAGGCAGAUAUUCCGCCGCAGACAACGGCACAGCGACUCUUGAUGCGAUUGUGACCCUCGGAGUCCUCCAAGUCCUACAAGCCCCAGUCCGAACACGAAUCGUCGUCCCUGCAGAAUUCGACCCAGAGACUUGCCUCAUCACAUCUCUGCCGACGUAUAUCAUGCUUCCGACAGAUAUUGCAGGAAACACGAUCAAUCCUCCGAGAAUUCCUAAGAUUUUGGGGAUUGAUAGAUUGCCUGGUUUCAAGCCGAUUUUGCAGUUGCUGGUUCCUGCUAUUGGCGAUAUCUUUAAUGUGUUGAAUUAG